AUGAAGGGUCUGGCGGUGGGAACUUAUCAGGAUCUGUCUGGCGGUGUGAACGUAUCAGGGUCUGGCGGUGUGAACGUAUCAGGGUCUGGCGGUGUGAACGUGUCAGGGUCUGGCAGUGUGAAUGUAUCAGGGUCUGGCGGUGUGAACUUAUCAGGGUCUGGCGGUGUGAACGUAUCAGGGUCUGGCGGUGUGAACGGUCUGGCGGUGAACGUAUCAGGGUCUGGCGGUGUGAACGUAUCAGGGUCUGGCGGUGUGAACGUAUCAGGGUCUGGCGUGGGAACUUAUCAGGGUCUGUCUGGCGGUGUGAACGUAUCAGGGUCUGGCGGUGUGAACGUAUCAGGGUCUGGCGGUGUGAACGUGUCAGGGUCUGGCGGUGUGAAUGUAUCAGGGUCUGGCGGUGUGAACUUAUCAGGGUCUGACGGGUCUGGCGGUGUGAACGUAUCAGGGUCUGGCGUUGUGAAGGUAUCAGGGUCUGGCGGUGUGAACGUGUCAGGGUCUGGCGGGUCUGGCGGUGUGAACUUAUCAGGGUCGGUGGUGAACGUAUCAGGGUCUGGCGGUGUGAACGGUCUGUCUGGCGGUGUGAACGUAUCUGGGUCUGGCGGUGUGAACGUAUCAGGGUCUGCCGGUGUGAACGGUCUGGCGGUGGGAACUUAUCAGGGUCUGUCUGGCGGUGUGAACGUAUCAGGGUCUGGCGGUGUGAACGUAUCAGGGUCUGGCGGUGUGAACGUAUCAGGGUCUGGCGGGUCUGGCGGUGUGAACGUGUCAGGGUCUGGCGGUGUGAAUGUAUCAGGGUCUGGCGGUGUGAACUUAUCAGGGUCUGACGGUGUGAACGUAUCAAGGGUCUGCAGGGUCGGUGUGAACGUAUCAGGGUCUGGCGGUGUGAACGUAUUAGGGUCUGGCGGUGUGAACGUAUCAGGGUCUGCCGGUGUGAACGUAUCAGGUUCUGGCGGUGUGAAUGGUCUGUCUGGCGGUGUGAAUGCAUCAGGGUCUGGCGGUGUGAACGUGGCCUAA